ACGUCCUCUCCAUCAACACUGAGCAAGCAUUGGACGCUGUUGGGGAGUGGCUCACAAUUAGUUCUCAAAAGCUUUCGGACUCGCGGUUGGUUGUUGGUCGCUGCCGAUCGAGCAAAAUGUUCUGCAGACGGGUUUGCCAGAGACUCGGCCCGGUGGUUCAGAGGGUCUUCACACCGACCUUUCGGAAAUCUCCAGUGCGUCACAUGGCCUUCGGGGUUCCUGGUGGCUCCACAAACAUGACAUAUUUUGUUUUGUGUGGAGGAGGCCUGACUGCUGCAGUUGUCUAUGCGUACAAGACGGUCCUUGGUGAUAGUGAGCGCUAUGAGGACAGACUCGCCAACAUGGGCUCCACAGCAAAGGCUAAAGCUUCUUCAGGUGAGACAGUGAUUGCUGCAGCUGAGCCCGCCCCAGUGGACGAGCCAGAGCCGCCUGUUGACGUGAUUGCAGAGUCUGUCGCUGCACCUGCCGAGCCCGUGGCAGAGAGCACUGCUGAGCGUGUUGUUGAGAGCGCAACACCUGAAGAUGAUGUCGGUGUGGUCUCUGAGGUCCUUGCUACUGAGGACGAAGCUGAGCCAACUGCUGUGGAAGAAGUUCCAGCUGUAGUAGCCGAAGCUGUUCCUACCACUGUGGAGGUCACAGCCACGGAGGAGAGCCCAGCAGAGGCGCUUGCGAGUGCUGGUACAACAGUACUGGAUGAGGCCCUCCUCCCUAGUCCCCCUGCUGAAGCAGAAACUGUUCCUGAGGCUGUACCAGAUCUUCUUACAGCUGUAAAAAUACUGGCUGGUUCCACAGUUGAAAUUGCUGCAGCUUCUGUUGGAGAGUCCAGUUUGAUGAGAGCUGCCCGUCACAUAGAAGAAGAUGGAAAGGGUUUGGACUCUGUGUUGGAAGUGUUACAACUUGAAGUCCUUGAGGGAACUGAAGAUUCUGUGGCUAAAGAACCCUUGAAUGAAACAGUUGUCAUCACAAAUGAAGAGGAGCUGGACCCUGCAGAGGUGGUCAGUGGUGAUGAAGAGCCUAGUGCAGAAGUUAAAGUGUCUCCAGAAGAGAUGACUACAGAAGAAGCCCCCUCUCCAGCUACUGACGAAGAGGAGGAAGUACCUCCUGAGGAAGCUGCACCUUUAGGUCCCACUCAAGAGAAUGCGGGAGGGAUGCAUGCUGAAGAUCAGAAUCCAGCCCCUGAUCCAGAAGACGACAACAUACCUGAAGAGGCCUCACCUGAAGAAGCUGCACCAUCUGCGGAGGCAAGCAAGACUGCUGAAGCUGCAGUGGACGAAGAGCUGCCCGUAGAUGGGACGUCUGUGGAGGAGGCUGAGGAAGCUGAAGCACCAACAGAGGAGACAGUCGCUGCCUCAGAAGAGGAAGGUACCAGCCAGUCAGAAAUAGAGGUGCUUUCAGCUGCUGAACCAGAGUCCAACUGCCACCAUGAUUCCCUGGCAGAGGUGAGCAUGCCCACAGCUGAUCAGCCAUCCCAAAUCCUUGAGGAAGCUGUGGAUGAGAUGAAAGAAAGCAGGGAUGCAGUGUCACCUGUAGAAGCACAAAGUCCAGAGGCAGUCGUGGUGGUGAUAAGCCAGUCAUGAACUGACAGUGUGCCUUCCACAUCACUCGUCAAGCUGUCCAUCAAAUGUGGGCGACCAAGAAAAUACAAACAAAGAAAUGUAGAUUUUUAUCAUUCGAAUGUGUCCUUUUGAGUUGUGUGACUAUCCCAACGUCUAUGACUCAAUUUGUCCACUAGAGGUCACCAUUACCAAGGGUUUCAUUACGAGACUGGAGAGUUGGCUUUGUCAUUUGUGACGCUAAAUCUGCACCAGAGUUUAGAUUUCGAGCAGGACUACACUCAUGUAAUGUUUUCUGUUACUAACUAUAUGCAUUUAUCUUCUUUUUGUACAUAAAAAAAAAACUGAAUGACAUACAGGUUAUGCAUUAUAUAUUUUCGAGUAUUCUUAUAAUGAUCCUAAUUUGAGUGUUGUGCAGAAAAAAAAUACUUUGAUUAGAAAAGACAACAUAGCUACAUGAAACAAUACUAAUUGUUAUUUUUUAAGCCGAUACGGGUGACCUGCUCAAUAAUCGAUACAUGCAGUAUAUACGUGCAAAUGGUGGUUAUUGCAUUUAGAAAUAUUUCAGUAACUAUUAUGUAUUUUGUAGAGUCAAGCAUAAAUUCAAUUGAGGUGAAGAUGAAAAGAUUUGUUGGUGAGUGUAAUUACAACGAUUGUGAGGACCUACAUUAACUAGUUGAAUCAUUGUAAUGAGCAAAUAAGAUGUCAUAAUCGUGUGUUAACAUUGUAUUGGAUAAAUAAACUGUUGGAAAUCA